GGUGGAAGAAAGUAGUUCUCCAACUGUGUACAAAUCGGGUCAAGUGUUGAGGCUUCGUUCAUGUGUUGAAUGCCAUAAAUAUUAUCAGAAAAGUGCGUAUUUUUGCACUUUUGACGUACUGUGAGUACCUUUUUGGAGGAUAUCCUGAGCCUUCGACUACACUUUAUCAGUGACCCAUCAUGAAAUUUCGAAUAGAUGUCCAGAGAUUCGAUGAAACUUCAGAAUAAACUACCCAGCUGAGUCACUGUUCCAAAAUAGAAUUCGCGAAUCCACAUAAAACGAAGGUGCAGCAGUAGCGGAGUCCAUGUAGAACAAGUCUUCGAGCUCGCCUACAUCCGUAAACACAGUGAAUGCAAUGCAGUGAAUCACCCGUGUUAUGGUUGCACCAGAUUCGACAAACUCAAAUUACUACAAAUUAUUUCAUAUACUCGGAUGCCUCAAUUGAAUUGGCAUGUUCCAAUAUGACUCCACUGAAUAAUUUUUUAUAGGCUCUGGAAAUUCUACAGAAAACAGCCCUCAAAGUCAAACUGCUGUUGCAAGUAGACUUGACUUGAUACUUGUGUUUUUUUUCCUGUCAUUUUUUUAAUUAUCCAGAAGUCGCCAACAUGAGUAACUCGAUGAAAGCACCACCACCGAAGAAAGACUCUCGAAUGAGGAUUCGUGCCUUUCCAACAAACAUGGAUGAAAAGUAUGUGUCCAGCAUCUGGAACCUGCUCAAGAAUGCCAUCCAGGAAAUACAGAGAAAAAACAACAGUGGCCUGAGCUUCGAGGAGCUCUACCGAAAUGCGUACACAAUGGUGCUCCAUAAGCACGGCGAAAGGCUAUACACGGGACUGAGGGAUGUCGUCACAGAACAUUUGGUAGAAAAGGUCCGUGUGGAAGUUUUAAAAGCACUCAACAACAACUUUCUGCAGACAUUGAAUGGAGCAUGGAACGACCAUCAGACGGCUAUGAUCAUGAUCCGAGACAUUCUCAUGUAUAUGGACAGGGUAUAUGUUCAGCAGAACAAUGUUGACAAUGUCUACAACCUGGGCUUGAAGAUCUUCAGAGACCAAGUAGUAAGGUACGGGAAUAUUAGGGAUCAUCUCCGACAGACACUUCUUGAUCUGGUCAUGAGGGAGAGGAAAGGAGAGGUUAUAGACAGGUUAGCAGUGAAGAAUGCAUGUCAGAUGUUGAUGGUAUUAGGGAUUGACUCAAGGUCUGUUUACAUGGAAGACUUUGAAAGGCCGUUUCUUGACCAGUCUGCAGACUUCUACAGGAUGGAGAGUCAGAACUUCUUAGCCGAGAACAGUGCAUCGGUGUACAUUAGGAAAGUGGAGGCCCGCAUCAACGAGGAAGCAGAGAGGGCGGUGCAUUAUCUAGACAAAUCUACAGAAGACCCUAUAGUCAAGGUUCUAGAAGAGGAAUUAAUUUGCAAACACAUGAGGACAAUUGUAGAGAUGGAAAACUCAGGUGUAGUUCACAUGUUGAAGAACAACAAAAAAGAAGAUCUAGCAUGUAUGUACAAAUUAUUCAAGAGAGUGCUAAACGGUCUAGAGACGAUGUGUCGCUGUGUGAGUUCUUACUUGAGGGAACAAGGCAAGGCAUUAGUCCAGGAAGAGGAAGGGGGCAAGAACCCUAUUCAGUAUGUACAGGAUCUCCUUGAGCUCAAAGACAGGUUUGACAUGUUCCUCAGGGAUUCAUUUGGUACGGAUCGCAAGUUCAAACAGACCAUUUCAGGCGACUUUGAGUACUUCCUCAACCUCAACACCAAAUCCCCAGAGUACCUGUCACUAUUCAUCGACGACAAACUCAAAAAGGGCGUAAAAGGGCUAAGUGAACAAGAAGUAGAGAACAUCCUUGACAAGAGCAUGGUGCUCUUCAGGUUUCUACAAGAGAAAGAUGUCUUUGAACGCUACUACAAACAGCAUCUCGCCAAGAGGUUACUUCUCAACAAGAGUGUAUCAGACGACUCGGAAAAGAACAUGAUUUCAAAGUUAAAGACGGAGUGUGGAUGUCAAUUCACAUCAAAACUAGAAGGCAUGUUCAAGGACAUGACGCUAUCCAAUACUUUUAUGGAUGAAUUCAAGAUUCAUGUGCAAUCAGCUCAGGUCAAUAUGUAUGGUGUUGACCUCAACGUCAGAGUUUUAACGACGGGCUUCUGGCCGACACAAUCAGCAACCCCACAAUGCAAUGUACCAACGCAAGCAAGAAAUGCCUUUGAAGCUUUCAAAAGGUUUUAUUUGACAAAGCACACGGGAAGGCAAAUAUCACUACAACCUCAACUAGGCUCGGCAGAUCUACAUGCAACGUUUCACGGUGGUAAGAAGGAUGGUGGCAAGAGUGAUGAAAGGAAGCACAUCAUCCAGGUCUCCACCUAUCAGAUGUGUGUCCUCAUGCUCUUCAACGUCAAGGAACAGUGGACGUAUGAGGAGAUGUGCUCCGAGACGGACAUCCCCAGCAAAGACCUCAUCAGGGCGCUGCAAUCGCUGGCUCUCGGCAAGCCAACGCAACGUAUCCUAGUCAAGGAACCCAAAGGCAAAGAAAUAGAGAAUCCACAUAUUUUUUCAGUCAACGAUGCUUUCACGUCAAAACUCUUCAGAGUAAAGAUUCAAACUGUUGCAGCAAAGGGAGAGUCAGAACCAGAGAGGAAAGAAACGAGAACGAGAGUCGACGAAGACAGAAAACAUGAGAUUGAAGCAGCGAUUGUCAGGAUAAUGAAAUCAAGAAAGAAGAUGCAACACAAUGUACUUGUAGCAGAGGUAACAGAACAGCUCAAAUCUAGGUUUCUCCCCAGUCCUGUGGUCAUCAAGAAGAGAAUAGAAAGUUUGAUAGAAAGAGAAUACCUUGCUAGGGCGCCUGAAGAUAGGAAAGUCUAUACGUAUGUAGCAUAAGGAACGCAAUUCUUCAUUUGUACAGUCAGAGAGAAAGAGAUACUGUGUCUUCAUAUAAAUCAACAAGUUCUAUUUUGGUCAGACUCUGCUAUUAUGUUUUUACUUCUCUUUGCGCAUACUAUGCACCAUCUCUCAUGUUCUUUAAUAAUUUCUGUUGCAUAAAUCUACCCCCAAAGAUAUUUUUACGCCCCCCCCCCCCUUUGAAAAAGGCCCCCGCACUUGAAAGUUGUAAAUUAUUCAUUUGACAACUUGUCCGACAACAUUGUAACUGGGUUUGAUUCGAGUUUGUCUUUAGUUACCCGUCGUAGCGUUAUGCACAGCAAGUUCCUGAAUUUCAUUCACAUAAUCUCGGCAUGAGUGAGCUACUGUAUCGUCUUUUAUAUACUUUCUUGCCUUGUUUCUCUGCUUUCUAAAUUAACCUGCUCAGCUAAAGCAGGCAACUCUUUUUUCCCUUUGCUGAUUAAAUCUGGUGAUUGUACAUGUAAAAGGUGCUCCACCAUGUUUUGUAUACAAGUAUUUUGGAAAGGAAGAGAAGUGAAAAUUAUGAAAUUAUUUAUUGACCACAGAUAUAAUUGACAUGCAUAGAGCUGGCUUACAAGGUUAAACCUUUUUUAUUUUCAGAAAGGGUAGAAAUAAAAAAAAAACUUGAUAAUACCCAUUGAUCAUCCGCUUUAAUGUACUCACAGUUACGUCACAAAUGUUACUAUAAUUCAAACACAAGUCUACAACAUUGUCGACAAAAUAAUAAAAUCAUGAAGUUAUAAUUCAAAUUGUUUUCUUAUCUGUUGAAUUAUGUUCAAGAGGCCUUAUACAAUGUAGUGUUCGUAUAUCUUUGGUUUCGUAACACCAACAGCACACCCCUCCUUGUUGGAUUUUUUUUGUCUAUGUUAAUUGUAAAGUUCUAUCAAACAGUUUCAGUAGCAUAUUGGAUGCAGCUGGACCCUUUUGCACAGAGUGAUAAUAAUUUUGCCAUUGGUGAUAACUUCCAUAAAAUGCAGGAUUUUGAUAGGCUGUUGAGUACUGUUACCAAAUGUAAUGUGAUUUUAUGCACCAGGGCCCAGAAGAAGAAUGCUACAAAUAUUUCUAAAACGUAAUGUUGAAAUUGAAUAUCACUUUUGUAUGUAUUCAUGCCAACAUUGAAAUCCUUUGUGAUUUAAUUUUAUAUGUUUCAUAUAAUAAGGUCUACAUAAGCCGACCUUCACAAGUCGUUAUGAAUUUUUAGACCAGAGGAGCAUUCCAUGGAAAAGGUAGUUGGUAAUUUUCACUUUCCAUUGUUGUAAGCUUCUGAAAUCCUUGCAUUAGAGUGGCUGAGGGGAAAUCGGUCAGUAAAAGUCACUGACAAAAUUUUCAUGAAAUUCUCCCUGGGGGGUAGGUCGCAGAGGA